UUUCCUCUUCCUACACAGAAAAGAUGGUGCUAGAUCAUCUAGGAUGUUUUCCUCUUCUACUGGUGCUGGGACUAUGUGGACCAGUUGGUUCAUUUUAUGCUUUGCCUGAGCAUCUCACCAAAGCUCACUGGUUUGAAAUUCAGCACAUACAGCCAAGUCCUCUCCAAUGCAACAGGGCAAUGAGUGGUGUCAACAAUUAUACCCAGCACUGUAAGCCUCAAAACACCUUUCUGCAUGACUCCUUCCAGAAUGUGGCAGCUGCCUGUGACUUGCCCAAAAUCAUCUGCAAGAAUGGCCAGGACAACUGCCACCAGAGCCUGAAGCCUAUUAACAUGACUCACUGCAGCCUCACUGCAGGGAAGUAUCCUAACUGCCGCUACAAAGAGGUUGCCCUAUACAAACUCUUCAUUGUUGCCUGUGAUCCCCCUGAGAAGAGUGACCCUCCCUAUCAGCUGGUUCCUGUACACUUGGAUAAGGUUGUGUAAAGUUCCUCCAACUUUUCCUCUCACCUGGCACAGGUUUUCUCAUGAUCUCUCUGUUUUUCCUUUUUUUUCUUAUUGAUUUCCCUGGAUCCCACAGAGGAAACAAGGAAAUUAUUGGGAGAAUUGAGUCCCUAGGAAACCAGACCAGAGUUGGAAGAAAAAGAAAUAAGAUUCUUUUGUGCUUUGAAACUCUGUGCUUUCAGGGAAGGCAAUUGAGCAGAGGGCAAAGAAGGGUCCAGGCCUCAAGAUUUUUAAACUUGGGAACUUGCCAUGCUUUGUUGCACUGUAUUCACAACAAUAAAACCACUUUCUGCUGCAUUCCAA